CAUCAUUCCACUCCUGCCGAACAACAGACAGCCUUCCCUUCUACCAUUCAUUCUUCGGCUGCAUCAGUUGCUUCUCGGCCCGAAUGGCGAGCACACUACCAACUUUGGCCAUUCCAGGUCAGCGCCUGGCCCCUGUGAGCUCUUACGCCGCGGGCCCCGGAACUCAUGUGCAGAAUGCGAACAUCUACGCCUCAAUCGCCGGUCCCGUUCUCGUCAGCCCCGCCAGCUCCAAAACCGCCAAGUCCACCCUGAGCGUCUCUCGCAGCCCCCUCCGCAAAGCUGCUCCUGCUGCCUCUCCGUCCGCACCAAAGUCCACCGCUCCCGGCCCCUCCAAACCACGGUACAACACCCUCCCCGCUGUCGACUCGAUUGUGCUCGCGCGCGUGACGCGCGUACAGAAGCGACAGGCCACGGUCUCCAUCCUCGUCGUGCUCGACGAGUCAGCCAGCAACAAUAAGUCGGGGCCGCAGCCCACCACCACGACGACAACCCCCACCGGCGGUUCUUCGGACAACGACAACAUCGAAGCGAUCCUCUCCUCCGCCGCCAACCCGGAGAACCACAGCAACUCGGAUGAGCUGCGGUUCCAGGCUCUCAUUCGCAAGGAGGACGUCCGGGCCGUCGAGAAGGACCGCGUGGUCAUGGACGAGAUGUUCCGCGUGGGCGACAUCGUGCGCGGCACUGUGAUCUCCUUGGGCGACCAGAGCUUCUAUUACCUCACGACGGCGCGCAACGACCUCGGGGUGGUGAUGGCUCGCAGCGAGGCGGGCAAUAUGAUGUUCCCUGUUAGUUGGAAGGAGAUGCGGGAUCCUGUCACGGGAGCUGCGGAGCUGAGGAAGGUUGCGCGGCCUUUUUGAGGCUCCUGCGUGAUUGUUUGACGAUGAUUAUGAUUAUGAUAAUGAUGAAGUCGAUGGAGUGGUGGAUGGCUGGAUGGGGUGGGACUGCGACAAAGGGACGCUCGGCUUGGCUGAGUCUUGAGCUUUCUGGGUGCAGGUGCACCAAGCCCGUCUGUCUGUCCGCAUUUCAUCUUGUCUUGUCUUGUCUUGCCUUCCGGAAUGGUCCCAUGAAUGAUUUCGCCUCAAACCAUACCAACUCCUCUUCCCGAGAGGUCGGCUACCGGCUACAGUACAGCGGUUUGCUGGUCUUAGCUGGGAGUGGAAGCUCCUGGAACUUGGGGAUGCCUCUUGUUUCGCGUGAGCAUGGCUGGGGGCUGGUUGUGGGACUUGGAUGGGAAACUUUGUUCGAGAAGGAAGUCUCUAGUCGCAGGCACAAUCACUCUAUCCCUGCUGGCAUGCGGACCCCCGGUGUUCGGACCUGCACAACGU